GGAAUAUUUUGCAUCUUUGUCUCCAAAUUUACCAAAUAUUUUUAAUAACCAUGUCCAAUCUUAUGACUAUACUGGGAUGAGUACAUAAAUGCCAAUAGAGAUGGCGGAGUGGGUGGAUUCUGUAGCAUACUAUCUCCUACACAAAUUCCAAUCCUGUAAUUCUUGACCACCAUUUUAUCGACUAUUACCGUGAAAUCCACCGUGAUUUUACGGUGGUGCAACCCACCGCCAUCACAUACCACCUUCCCUUGCCGCCCCCAUAUUAUUAUCUUUAUUUAUUGUUGCUAUAAUUAUUAUUGUUAUUAUAAUUAUCAUUAAUACAGCUCUUCAUAUUCUGGAGCUAACACGUUAUCAUCGAGCCGAGAGACAUAAUUUUGUUUUCUUCUACGUGGGCUGUUCUGUUUCUGCUCCUACUUUUGUUUGCUUUCAAGCGGUUAAAGAAUAGCUUUGUUUGAAUUUCUACCUCAUACUCCCAGCCAGCUAUUCCGAUUUGCUGGAUUCGUUUCAAGAGGCCGGAAAGCUUAAUCCAUAUCUCCUCGUUAAUCGGAGUGGAGGGAGGUAUAGUUUCUAGUAAUUAAUCCAGUAUGUUGUUUAAAGAGAGGGACAGGGAGAAAGGUGGCGGCGCCGCCGUACCCGGAGAGAGGAAGAUGUUUGUCGGGGUGGUGUGGAACUGCGCGGCGGAGCUCAAGAUCCUGCUCACCGCUCUUCUAUUGCUCUUCUCAAUCAUCACCAUACUUCAGUUCAUCCCUGCUCGCGUUAGCUUCUCCUCCGCCGUCGAUCUCCGCUCUUGCCUCUCCAGCCAGCCGUCGUCUGUCACCGCCGUCACCGCAUCUACGGCGGCUAUUCAAUCUGUCUCGAAUUUCAGCGCGGCGGGGUUGUGGCCGCCACCGACAGUGGUGCGGGACGAAGUUCUCGAAAACGGCGUCGUUAAGCGGGCUUUUAAUGGGUUCGGCUCGGCGGCUUACAACUUUGUCUUGAUGUCGGCUUACCGCGGCGGCGAUAACACCUUUGCCGUCAUGGGUUUAGCUUCUAAGCCUCUCCAUGUGUACGGGAAGCCGAAUUACGAAUGCGAGUGGGUCCCGGCGGAUGAAUCUCAGGAUUCUGUCACCGUCUCCGGCCAGAAGAUCCUCCCUGACUGGGGAUACGGCCGGGUUUACACUGUUGUGGUGGUGAACUGUACAUUCCCGUCCCCUGUUGGCGACGCUGACAACGGCGGGAAGCUGGUAAUCCACGCCACCACGAACGGAGGCGGCGACACGAAGUUCAACGUAACGGACACAUUCGAGGCCAUCGUCGAGACACCGGAAGAUUUCUCGAACUUCACCAAAGUGUUCCAAGCUCCGCCGAAGUAUGAUUACCUGUACUGCGGCUCGUCUCUGUACGGAAAUCUGAGCCCUCAGAGAGUUCGAGAGUGGCUGGCCUACCACGUCAGAAUGCUGGGAGAGAAGUCGCAUUUCGUUAUCCACGACGCCGGCGGCGUUCACCCGGAGGUGCUGGAGGUUCUGAAACCGUGGAUGGAGAGAGGCUACGUCACUUUACAGGACAUUACGGAUCAGGAGAGGUUUGACGGAUACUACCACAAUCAAUUCCUCAUCGUCAACGAUUGCUUGCAUCGAUACAGAUAUCACGCGAAAUGGAUGUUCUUCUUCGACGUCGACGAGUUCAUCUUCGUCCCUAAGAAGAGCACUCUCAAAUCGGUGCUCGCUUCCUUCUCCGAUCACACUCAGUUCACAAUCGAGCAAAUGCCGAUGUCCAACAAGCUCUGCCUCCGCGAGGAUUUCGGGAAAACAUACAGAAAAUGGGGAUUUGAGAAGCUGGUGUACAAGGACGUGAAGAAGGGGAUCCGACGGGACCGGAAGUAUGCGGUGCAGCCGCGGAAGGUAUUCGCGACAGGGGUUCACAUGUCGCAGAACACGGUGGGGAAGACGACGCACAAGACGGAGGGGCAGAUAAUGUACUUCCAUUACCACGGAACAAUCGCCGAGCGGCGGGAGCCUUGCCGGAGACUGGUCAACUCCACGACGAUCACCGUCGACGGAACCCCGUACGCUCUGGACACGACGAUGCGAGAUGCCGCCGGCGUCGUGAAAAGAUUCGAGCUGAAAACAAUUGGGCCGAGGUUGCAGAGAACCCGGCAAUGAGAAAAAAAAGCCCACAGAUUAUCCGGUCCAGUAUUAUUUUAAUUAUUAAAUUCAAUUCCACUCUCUUCUAGGAUGUUUGAUUUACAAAUUAAAAAUGAAAAAUUAAAAAAAUCUCAUCCUGGGAUAAUAGCCAUUCGUUAGUUUCUUGUGUAUGAUAAGACAGACUUUCAAAGCUGGAACAUGAUAGAAAUUUGGACAGAGUUUUUUAAUAGAAUAUAAAUAUUUUCCAUGAUCCAUAAAUUACACGUUCAGGCUACUCUAUUCGUUGGUAUUUUUUUCCCAAAAAAAAUCAAAUUCAGAUUUUGCUUUUUCCUAUUGCAUGCCUGGCAUGAUUGAAGAAGUGUCGGCAAAGGGACCACUUACCAUGUUCGGUGUUGAACUGUUGAUCACUAUACCGAAUGCGGUGGCUGCUAAAGUGAUGGGUAUUUCAUCUUUAAAGUAAGGGAAAAAUAGGAUAAUUGGAUAAAUAAUGUAAAAGUAAUAAUAAAUCAAAUAUCUCAAAUUUUACAAAGCCCUUCCUAAAAAGGAUGAAACUUCAUCCAUGAGUGUCUCUCAACAUCGAGGGAUGAAUUAACUGGGAAGACGUAAACGUUAUGAAACAUAUUGUGUAAUAAGUGACAUAUCCAAUGAAUGUGUCAUUUGUCUCAGCGAAUACUUUAUAGAGAGGAAAGAUUGAAAUUUUGUAGACUGAUCUGGUGUGAUCUGUUUUUAUUAGAAUUAUUACCGAGGGGUGUUCAGCAAUUGGCUAUUGGCCGUUGGCUGAAUCUGUUGGCUGAUUGGUGACAACAGAUUCUGUUGACUGUUUUGAUUAGCUAAUAACGUUAACUGUUUAUGAAACAGUGUUUGGUUAAACAGUUGUUUACAAUUGUCUGAUAACUUGUUAAAUUACUUUUAAGGACAUCAAUUAAUUUGUUUUGUUUAUU